AUGGUUGCUGUGAAGGUUUCUUGGGAAUCAGUAGAAGGUAAGGAGCAUCCUGUUUUGUCUCCGGCCUUCGUAAGUAACGGUCAUGUUUUCACUUCAGGAAUCAUUGGAAGUAAUUAUGCGACAGGGAUAACCUCAGAAAACAUUGAAGAUCAGACUCAUCUAGCCAUACAGAACCUUGAGAGAGUCCUGAAAGCAGCAGGUUCCUCGCUGGGCAAAGUUUUCAAGGUCACAAUGUUCAUUUCUCACGCUGAGUACUCCCAGACAGUCAACAAAAUUUAUGGCCAAUAUUUCCCACAGAAACCAGCACGUAGUUGUGUUGUUGUCGCAUUCAUGGAUGCGGCCAUCAAGUACGAGCUGGAGGCCGUGGCAACUCUGGACUAG